AUGAUGAAGCUUAUUGUCGUCCUUGUUGCCUGUCUGGCUGUUGCUACAUACGCCAAACCCAUGGGCUACGGUUUGGGCAUGUACGGAGGCGUCGGUGGCCUUGGCUAUGGUAUGGGAGGCCUAUACGGAGGCAUGGGCGGCUUUGGCAUGGGAGGACUGUACGGCGGUAUGGGUCUUUAUGGAGGCAUGGGAGGAUUGUAUGGAGGCAUGGGAGGAUUGUACGGAGGCAUGGGAGGACUGCACGGAGGCAUGGGAGGACUGUAUGGUGGCAUGUACGGAGGAAUGGGACUUGGCAAAGGAAUUGGUAUUGGAUAUGGUUACUACUGA